AUGAAGGCCACCACCAUCCUCGCUUCGCUAGUCGCGCUCUCGACGAGCGUCUACGCCGGUCCGAGCAUGUCCCGUCGCUCCCCUAGCAUCGAGUACGAGCCUCAGUCCUCAGAGUACUACGUCGACGUGCCCCAGGUCGGAAGGGUCACGUACCACACCGACGGACCGAACGCAAACCAAGUCUGCCUCUCAACCGCCGGGGCGACGUGGGGAUUCUUCGCCGAGGCUGGGCCCGAGGAAACCUUCCUCUACCCCGCCGGCAAGAGGCUCUGGACUCAGCGGUGCAUCGGCAACAUCCCUGGCAACUCGCCCAUCGCCAUCGUCAUCAUGCACGGCCCGCAGAACGACCUGCACAUGAAUCUGGAGAUCGAGGACGCCAAGACUGGACAGCGCACUGGCUACCGUCUCCCCGACCAGUGGAACGCCGGACCCGACGGCGCAAGAGCCAUGCUAGGCUCCGGCGAUCAAAAGCCGGCUGGCCAGUCCCGGUCGCUCAAAACGUUCUCGCCCAUCUUCCCCCUUUUAGUCCUUUGA